AUGCUGGAUUUGAGUUUACGGGGGUCUCAAAUUUGUUUGUCUAAGCUCUCGAACACCAGUGGUCGUAAUUCAGCAAGGUCAACCGAUAGGCCAAUAACAGGUGAAUCAAAAGUGACUGGUAAUGGAUCGUUGAAAACCCGGAUGAAUUCGGCGAAACGAAACCCAAAUUUGGAUCCUGCCAAGGUCAAAGCCGAGCCAUCCAAAAGAAUCUCGUGUCAGGAUCAUCCCUCCAACGCUAAGCAGUCCCCAGAAGCCGAGGAGAGAAGUCGCCGAAACGUGACAGACUGGCUGAAGACAUAUGUGGACGAUUCGGAACCCAGCUGGGAAAAACUGGAGAUGGAGUCUGUUCACAGCAGUUCACAAAAGUAUCCACUUCCCGCUACUCAUCGUAAAGUCAAGUGUGAUCCUGAGCUCAAAAUUUCACUGGACAGUUUGGAUGAUGCAUUUAAUAAAAAGAAAACACGCUUAAAAUCUCCUCAAGGCGUUCUGUUUGGUGUAAACAUUUCGAAAGACCGAAGUGAAAUAUCGGAAGUCUCUCUUGGGCCACCACCCAACUACGGGGUUUCUCAACAGUCAAACAACCAAUGGAUUAAUCAAGAUAUAAAUAAAGCACACCAAGAUGAAGGGUAUCGUCAUCAAACAGAGGCUGCCAGAAAGAUCCAGAAAUUCUGGCGUCGCUAUCGACGCAGACAGCUGGCUGCCCAGGCUGCACUUCGCCGAAUAUUAGAAGAACAAAAACUGCGCAUGAGAAACUUAUCACCCUGUCGGUCUGAAAAAUUGCUGCAGACAAAAAAUCAAAAUAAAUAUCGUUCAGCGCAGCCCAAACAACCUCAUGGUGACCAAUCGAUUUGUGAGGGCAUUGUCAGACAUGGACCGGUCGUGCCCUCGAUAGAGCCCGUCGGUGCAAGCUAUUGCCUUCAAUGCACAGCUCCAUUUUCAAUUCUUCCACUCAACAGUCCACUGAGAGCCAUUGAUUUACGCGUCAAUUCAUCAGCUCCAGCCUCCAAUACGCAGCUACCUACCCCACUUUCCCAAAUCACUGGUGAACGAAACUGUGGCAGCCACAACCAUUGUACGACAAGUACGCGGUUCUUACAGUUGUUAAUGAUGAUGAUGGUGCAGAACAGCUUCGGUGAGUCAGAAAACCACAAUGUGACAACCGGCGUUUCUUCUUCAACGCCAAUGGUAGCAGGACAAGAUGGUGAUUCAGACAGUCAGCCGAGAAUGAGAACAACACCAAAAUCCGUUGACACUUCGGAAAAGUCCCUUCCUAUGCUUGGUGAUGAAUCUCCAUCUUGCGGAAACGCAGCUGACAAUGUUACAGUAGGACAAAUGACCCAACGUACUGGUUCCGAAGACCAAUGCUCCGAUAAGUUGGGUGUGCAAACUAUGCUGGGUGACCUAGCCAGUGAAGUUCACUCAGAUGACGGGAAUGGAUUUCAAGUUGGCGGCCGUUCUUUUUGGGCUGAGAUUGACGAAGUGAGUGAACCAAAAAGCACUUCCAAAGGAUGGUCAGAUAUGCUGAAUGAAAUAAACCGCGUUUUAUCGGAAACGGAUGUGGAUACAGAUGUCAAAACGUUAUGCUUUGAGCAACCCCUGCGUGAUCGUGCGCCGUCGGUUUUGACAGAGCCAAUUCACGUGAAACAUCUGGAAAGUUCGGCCGGUACGUAUGGCUGUACUGGACGAAUUCGGGGUUUGUCGGUUGCCAGCCUACCUACGAAUUUUUACAGGAAUCCGGCAGGAAAUCGUGGAACGCCAGAGGAACAGCAAAUUCGAAGAGCCAUCGGAAAAACACUGGAGAGAAGAGUGAAGCAAACGCGUACUCUCUUAAGAACAAAGAGUCAGACAGGAUCUGGAAAAAGCACAAAUAAACAAAUGCCAACUGACGGAGCGAUCUCCAGAGAAACCAACGGUCCACCGGCGGAUCCAUGGUGUAUCUAUUCCGAAGCGCCUGAACUUGAGCAAAAGUUUCCAAAGUUGUCGUCAACCAACACCACUACACCGAAAAAGGGAUCUUCGCAUGAACACCUUGUCGACACUAGGACCUCCGUUAACUCGACUUGGUCAGGGAACAUGCUAGAGGCUGAAUCCUGCUCUGGCUCGAAAGUUCAGUCAUUGAUCAUGCAACUGGAGGAAAGAACGCAAUCGGUACAACGACUUCAACGCGUGUUGGAACAUCAGCGUGAACUCUUAAUGCGCCAGCUGCGCGAUACGCAACGUGAGGCCGAACAGCGCAAGGAAUCCAUGAAAGCAGACUAUGAGGCCACGCUUUCGCGAAAUUACAAGCUCAUUGAUGAGUUGAUUGAAGAAAAGAAAGCACUUCAUGUCAAAUGUGAAAACCUAAUGUCAGAAAUGAAGACAGUUUCUCAAAGACUUGAGGAAAAGUUGAAAGUUGUUCAAGAUAGACACAAGGUCGACUUACGCAAGGCCGAAGCAAAGGCAGCCGCCGCAGAAAAACUUCGCCGAGAGAAAUGGGAGGCUGAGAAACUCAAACAAUUAAAGGAAACGACUGCUCGUGGACUUCAGGCUGAAAUAGCCCAAAUUAUCUCCAAACACCAACAAGAAAUGCAAGAAUUGCGGGAAUCUUGUAGUGAACAGGUGCAGUCUGCAGAUAGCAGAGCUUUUCAAACGUAUCUUCAACAACUUGAAGAAUUGCGUCGUACUCUACUGCGUGAGAAGGAAGACGCCUGUGUGAGGGAGCGUGAGGCUGCUAACCAGAGAUUGGAGAAAACACUGAAUGAUGAGAGGACUAUUUUAGAAGUGCAUCGUAAUCAACUGCUGAAGGAAAUGUCAGACGAACGGGAACGUUUGACAGUGCUAGUAGCAAAAGAAAGAGAGACGGCACAGAAAAUGAAAUUCGACUUGGAUAAACUUUUGAAAGAAUCCGUGGAGCGCCACCAACACGAAGUAGAGGGUCAGAGAGAACAGCUCACAAAGCAGCACCAGCAACUGAUUGAGGAAAUGCAAAAACGCCACACUGUAGAGCUCGAGGCUGCCAAGGACAAACUUACUAGAGAACUAGAAGCAAAAUAUUCGGAACGUGAAAGCAAUUUGCGAGCUCAACUUAAGCAUGAACGCGAUCGACAACGGAUGAAAGAUAAGCAUGCAAAAGAACUUGGUGAGUUGGAACAAUCUGAACAGCAGAUGGUAGCAAAAUACAGCGAAAUGCGGAACCAAGCACUCGAACUGGAACACGAGAUCGAAAGGUACAAGCUACAACUACGACAAAGAGAUGAUGAGUUAGAAAAUGUGAAAUCUCUUUAUGACAAGUUAACUGCCGAGAGGGAAAACAUUACUGAGGUAAACCAAGCACUCGAACUGGAACACGAGAUCGAAAGGUACAAGCUACAACUACGACAAAGAGAUGAUGAGUUAGAAAAUGUGAAAUCUCUUUAUGACAAGUUAACUGCCGAGAGGGAAAACAUUACUGAGGUAGUACGCCAGGAAUUCUCCGAUCGGAUUGUCGCAUCGGAAGAGGAGAAUCGAUCCAAUAAAAGGGAUAUGGCGGAGUUGAAGUCACGUCUGGCAAUUGAACAAGAUCGCCAUCUGGCAGAACUGAAAGCUGUUAAACAGGCGAGUGCAACGGAUUUGGAAGCUUUACACCAGAAGAUUAAGGAAGUUAUCGCAAGGAAGGACAAGAAAAUGGCAGCUAUACAAUCUCGACUUGAAGCAGAACUUAAAACACGCAACGCUGAGUUGGAAGAAGCAAAUCAGCGCGCAGCUUAUCUGGAAGAACUGCUUGAUCAACAAAGGCAACAGUUUUUGAAAGCUUCCAAUUAAUAAAAUAUUCAAACGACAAAGCCGGUGAAAAGUUUCGCAUUUUUCUUCAAAACAGUUCACAUACUUGGUCACUUUUGAUACAGUCAGUUCACUUUUCACUUCAUAUCAAUAUGGAAAUUGAAGCGCAUAUUUACUCAGUCAAUGUUUUCCUCACUAAUUUGUAUGAUAUAAAUGAUUAGUUGAUACAGCACUUUUUGUAAAUGAACC